GGAGAGAUUCAGUAUGGUAUAACUCUUGCAGAACGUAUGGUAUGGUAUAGCCCAUAUUUUUCCACACGAAAUUUUAUUCUAAAUCCUUUUUUGGUGGGUGUGAAGGGAAGUAUGUUAGAUUUAAGCAUUG